AUGGUUCCCACGACCCCAUCUCCAACUAUCUUGACUUUGACAUCGGUACACAGAAAAUUACCCCUCGCCAUUCCGACGCCCAAGGCACAAGCCAAGACCUUGGCCGUCCUACCGGCCCGUCUCCAGACACACCUGCUGUUACGACUACGCAGCCAUGAAUUGCAUAGAAAUUGGUCGUGGAAUUUGUAUUUCACUCAAUUGUGGUGUGUGUACCGCACUGUUCAUUUUCAUACUUUUGGUAAAUAUAAUCAGUCAUUCAAGAAGCACAAUUGGGUUGAGGUACACCAGUCGCGUGGCGAUAUUCACAACGACAUUUGCGAUUUAAAUCAUAAUCAUAAUCGCAAUAUUAAGAAUAGUGGUAGUAAUGGAUUUCCAAUAUGCCUUCUCCUUUCUUUUUGGAUUUUAAACUAG